UGUGAAUGGUUGUUUGUCUAUAUGUGCCCUGUGAUUGGCUGGCCACCAGUCCAGGGUGUACCCCGCCUCUCCCCCGAAAAUGCCUGAAAAAUAUAAAAUAAAAAAAAAAGAUGAUCAAAUGACUGCACUAUAUCAUAGCUAUAUACGUAAAUAUUAGAGUUGAAUGUUAGCAGUUGCAGAGCAAAGUUAGCUGAAGUGCAAGCUGGUUGUCCCAUGAUCUGUUAUUUAUAGUAAAGAGAUAAAAAUAGCUCCAGUGUGUGUGUGUGUGUGUGUGUGUGUGUGUGUGUGCACUGCUGUGAAAGCCCCGAUUCUACGGACGGUAAACACCACAAACUAAAUGUGUUGACAGAAAAAAAAGCUUUAUAAUUGGACCCCAUUUGUUGGAUAUGUUGUUGUUCUAAGUUAAUCAGUAAUCAGUUAAGUUAAUGUUGUUUAGCUUUAAUGUUUUUUUUCUUCUACCACUAAGAAAUGCAUGGUUUGAGUCCAAUGCGGAGAGGCAUGCUUCAUGUGGCAUGAUGUUUAAGUCAACUAACAUCACAGUACAACAAAAUAGAUCAGUGCAUUUGACUUUUUAUCUGGAUUAAAUACUAUUUACACAGGAGUACUAUAUUCCAACAACAGGAUCCAGACUGUGUGCCGCAGUUGAGCUGUAUUCCCCAUUUUUCAUAUUUUUGCUGCAAGUAAGCGAUGCAAUGAGUCAAUACCUACGUAUGUCUAUACUAUGUAUAUGUACUAUGUACUAUGUACUUCGUAACAAACACUGACUGUUAAUGGACAAACAGAUGACCACAGAAGAAAAAGACAACAUUUUUCAUUCAUCCGACGAUGACUCGGAUGAAGACGAAGCAACCCAAUAUAUAAUAGAGCAAAGUUUACUUGAAUACCGAAAGCUCAAAGGACUGAAUCCAAGUGAUCUGAAAGUAAAUGAAGAGCCGGAUGAGAUAUUCAAAGCAAUCAAAGCGGGUGAUGAAGAUGCACUCCAGCGACUGAUGGCCCAACCAGAGAUUCUGUCCAGAGUUAACGAACAUGGAUGGAUUCCUUUGCAUGAAGCUGCAGUGCAGGAGAGUAAAGACAUUCUUGAAAUGAUCUUUUCAGCAUCGCCACCAGGGACGGCCCAAUGCCGCACACUAAAGGGAGAGACAGCGUUGUUUCUAGCUGUGGUCUACGGCCGCAGACACAACGCCACAUUUCUGUUACAAAAUGGAUGUAAUCCUAAUCUUCAGGACGAUGAGCAGGAUUCUCCUUUAGUGGCAGCUAUUCUCAAUGACCAAUAUGACCUGGCAACACUGCUGCUUCGCUACAGUGCCCAAGUGGAUCAGACGGGCCCCUUGGACAGGACGGCGCUACACGAGGCUGCCUUCCUAGGCCUGGAGAACUUUGUCUAUCUGCUACUCCAGUCUGGUGCCAACGCAAAUGCGUGGGAUACUAAAAAGAAAACCCCGCUGGCUCUGGCUGCACAAAAUGGACACCUCAGUGUGGUUGAGCUUUUGUUGCAUGAAGGAGCGGACGCUGAAUAUGAAUCAGAGUCUGGCACCGUCUUGUUCGACGCAGCAGCAUCAGGGAACCCCGACAUCAUCUCCUUGCUGCUGGACCACGGAGCAGAUGCCAACCUGCCAUUGAACGGUGGUCACCUGCCCAUUCACCGCGUGGCGUAUGACGGACACAUACUAGCACUGCAGCGCCUCAUUCCAGUGACAACGCUAUGCACUGUGAAGGACAGCGGCAUGAGUCCACUUCACUCCGCGGCCGACGGAGGGCAUGCCCAUUGUGUGGCAUUGCUGCUCAAAGCCGGCUUUGACCCAAACUUCAUGCUGCACCCAAGGGUGCGACGCAACUACGAUGACGAACGCAAGUCUGCGCUUUUUUUCGCCGUGUCCAACAAUGAUCUUCAGUGCACCCGCAUGCUCUUAGAGGCCGGGGCGAUGGUGAACCAGGACCCUAUCAGUUGUUUGCAGGUGGCUCUGAGGCAGGGCAACUAUGAACUCAUCAACACCCUGCUGAAGUUCGGGGCUAAUGUCAACUACUACUCCCGUGUCAACAUCACCCAUUUCCCCUCAGCGCUGCAGUACGCAUUCAAAGAUAAAGUCAUGUUGAGGAUGAUUUUGAAUCAUGGUUACGAUGUGAGGCGUUGCUUCGACUGCCCCUACGGGGACAACUGUCACGACUUUGCUCCGUGGACCACCUCAGUCAUCAAAGAUACGGUGUUCUGUGAGGUGAUAACCGUGUCCUGGCUCAGGCACCUAUCUGCUCAGGUGGUCCGGAUCAUGCUGGACUACACCGACCAUGUUUCCUUUUGCCCCAAGCUGAGAGAAGCCCUAAAGGAACAGAAGCAAUGGCUGGAGAUUUGCCGCAUUCAAAAGAACGCACGCACCUUAAAGCAUCUGUGCCGGCUGCAGAUUCGGGAGCAUCUCGACGGCCUCCGCUUGAGAGCUUCUGUUUUCAUCAAUUACCUCCCUCUUCCAUCCAGACUGAAAGACUACCUGUGUUACAAGGAGUUUGAUGUGUACAACAGGGGCAGCCUAGCUGUUUGAUAGCAUCACAGUCAUAAACAAAUCAUGUUGGCUUUUACUUACAUUAUACGAUCAUAUUGCAUGAGCAUUCCCAGUGAAUUAGGUAGAAAAGAGAAUGGCAAUAAAGAAAUCCAUUCAUGACUGGGUGGCAGCAUGGCCUUGUUUUACCUGCUGUGACUGCCAAUCACCACUAGCGGGCACCUACAAAGAGGGGCCCCGGCCCCUUUAUGGUCGCCUGGUGUGAGCCGAGAAAUGAGGGUAGGUUUUUCUGACAAUUAAAGAGGACCUAUUCUGCAAAUUUUACGGUUCUUUGUAUAGAGUUGUGUACUCCUGUAGAGCAGCUCCACACAAUAACCUGCACAUAAAGUUUUCGAGAGCAUCCAGUACAUGCACCUAUUGCAUCUGUAUUUUCUUGGAUGUUCAAAGUGGUCGGUUUUAAUUAAUUCCACCCAUGGCAUGCCUCUGGACAUGCCCACUCAGCUGUGAUUGGUUACACUCCCUAGCGUUACUGAGGACUUCAGGACUACUGCCAAACCACACUGUCUAAUUUUGUCGGGAUAGGGGUUGUUAAUAAAUGAAUAAACCUUUUAUAGAGUUACAUGGAAAGUGUUUAGGAGAUACUGGUAGGUCAUGAUCUACUGGCUGGAGAACCCUGGCUUAGCAUGUAUGAACUGUGCUAACGUACAUCCGCGUUUCUUGAGUGUAGACAAUCUAGUGUAAA